GCUGCCCUUCGCCGCGUGCUAGACGCGCUCCCGCAGGCUCGGAAGCCCGAGGAGAUCCGGACGGAGGCGGACUCCAUCGCCGAGGAGGUGCGAGCGGAGGCUGUCUCGGCCAUCCUCGACCGGCGUGACGUCCCUGGGCGCGAGACCCCGCUCCACCUCGCCGUCCGCUUCGGCGACGCGGCGGCAGCUGAGAUGCUCAUAGCGGCGGGGGCCGACUGGAGCCUGCAGAACGAGCAUGGCUGGAGCGCGCUCCAGGAGGCUAUCUGCGCGCGUGAGGAGGCGCUCGCACGCGUCAUCGUGCGCCACUACCAGCCUCUCGCCUGGGCCAAAUGGUGCCGCCGCCUGCCCCGUGUUGUCGCCGCCAUGCGCCGGAUGCGCGACUUCUACAUGGAAAUCACAUUCCACUUCGAGAGCUCCGUCAUUCCCUUCAUCUCCCGCAUCGCGCCCUCGGAUACCUACAGGGUCUGGAAGCGCGGGGCCAACCUCCGUGCGGACAUGACGCUUGCAGGCUUCGAUGGCUUCAAGAUCCAGCGCUCUGACCAGACUAUUCUGUUUCUUGGGGAGGGCUCGGAGGACGGCAAGGUGCCACCAGGGUCCUUGUGCAUGAUUAACCACAAAGAUAAGGAGGUGAUGAACGCGCUUGAAGGUGCUGGCGCGCCGGCCUCCGAGGCAGAGGUCCAGCAGGAGGUCACCGCAAUGUCACAGACGAAUAUCUUCCGUCCGGGGAUAGAUGUCACUCAAGCAGUGCUGCUUCCACAGGUCACAUGGCGGCGGCAGGAGAGGACAGAGGCUGUUGGCUUGUGGAAGGCUAAGGUGUAUGACAUGCACCAUGUUAUGGUGAGUGUUAAGUCAAGGAGGGUUCCUGGUGCUAUGACGGAUGAAGAAAAGGAGGGGAGGCGACUCCUCGGUGAAGAGGAUGGUAUCGAUGUUGACCUAGAGGAAGACGACGGCACCACCAAUCAGAAGAAGAAGAAUAAGAAGCGCAAGGAUAAAGCAGUGUUGACCGUUGAAGGAUCGAGCACACCUAGUACUGGCAAGAAGGCCAAGACCGAGGAGUGUCAUCAGGUUGAGAAGCUCGUCAGGAAGCACAUGUCUGAGUACGAGAAGCGUGACAAGGAGAAAGACCAAGAUGGCAUUGGCGGGAAGGGCCGAGGCGGCAGAGCAGGUCACCUCGGCAAGGCUCCUCAGUAUCAAGGUAAACCCGCUAGAUGUCGUGAGAAGAAUGAUUGCGAUGAAGAGAGUGAUGAAGGAGAUGAAGAGGAAACCAACGAGCAGGAGUUCUAG